UCUGGCCAGUUCUGUUUGAAGCUUCGAUUCCGCAGCACUGCUUCCGCGCUCCAUGGCUCGUCUUUGGCUCUGUUUGGCUCUGCUAUCGGUGGUGGCUUGGUCGGGCCACGCCUACGAGGUGCCAGAGGCCCGUGUGCGGGUGUUCUAUCCCAAGGGCUUCGAGGUCUCCAUACCGGAUGCGGAGGGCAUCUCUCUGUUCGCCUUCCAUGGCAAGGUGAACGAGGAGUUCGAUGGCCUGGAGGCGGGACGGUGGGCCCGCGAUAUACCCAAAGCGAAGCGGGGACGUUGGACGUUUCGGGAUCGCGAGACGGUGCUGAAUCUGGGCGAUACCCUGUACUUCUGGACCUAUGUGAUGCACAAUGGCCUCGGCUAUCGGCAGGACGAUGGGGCCUUUGUCGUUUCCAUUUAUGACAAUCAAAGGAAUUAGCAUCGCUCUCUCUCUCUCACUGGGAUUUCUUAUAACAAAGAACUAAUAAAUAAUUAAAGCUUAUCAAAGCUCAGAGCUCGACUCUCGGCCAGUUCAGUCUUUGCCCAGCA